UUAAAGAACAUUGGUUUCUCAAAACAUUUUUUAUGGUCUACAAAAAACAUCAGUCAUGAAGGAUGACAUGAGGGCGAGUAAAUGAAAUCAACAAUUUGGUGAACUAUCCCUUUAAGAGGAUCAACGCUAAAAACAUAGACACACAUAAAUGGAAAAUAAGGGUCUGAGGUGGAUCUAUUUGCACAAGAUAAAGUUCAGUUAAAGAACGAGAGGCUGCAGGUGAAGUUAAAGAGAAAGGAGGAGGAGGGGAGCCCAGGGAGGGGAAAUGGAGAUGGGUUUCCCGUAAAUCAGCUCCAUCCAAUCAGAGCACAGAUGCUGUUUACAUGGCAGAGAGCCAGCAGGAAUCAAUCGUCAGAGGUGUAGCUGACGAAAGGAGAGAGAGAGAAAGAGAAGGAACCGGCUGUGAUAGAUCGGAUCAUAUCAUACGAGAUCUCUCAUGUUUUGCUCUAUGCAUGUGAAGCUGCAUUUAAAAAGCAGACAUUGAGCAGCAGUGGCGGUCUCAUGAUGUCAGUCUCUGCUGGGUGUCUCGUGUGAAACUGCUCACAGCCUGAGGAACGUUUGAGGAACUACAGUUUGCUCGACUGCGUGACUUUCCUGCAACAUUUUUCCAUUGCUCAUGUAUGGAGCGCUGUCGGAUGGAUUUCUAUCUUCCCACAGUGCCGUGAGUGCUCUCUGAAUUCAUUUGGAUGAUGUAACAGCUUCUCCAUAAGCUAUCAAAAUGGAGGAUUCGACUCCUUGCAGCCAAUAAACCUUUGGCGGCAUCUACAUGGAUGACGUUGGUUUUAGAUGGAGGCCUGUUUUCUCUUAGUGUAGAGAAUUUCAGGAUGCCUCGAAUUUUGAACUCCACUGUCCCGUUCUCUGUCAUGGACCAAAGGGACAUCAAAGCUUUCAACUGCCCCAGCUUGGGCCCAGGCUCUCGCACAGAGAGAAAAGGAGGAGAGCGGGACAAACCCAAUCAGUUGAAUAUCUGGACGGCCAUAGAACUUGGAACUGCCGACCAUGAGUGGACACAGAGGACCGAGAAACAAUCCAUUAUUGCACAGGCAGAGUGUGAGUCCCAGGAUUCACAGGAGUUCUGCCCCAAUGGCAGCAUCUCCUCCAAGUUGUUUCUUGGAGCCUUCCCUCGCAGUCGGCCCAAAAAGAAACGGCAUAAGAAACAGCGGCGAAAACAGGCAGAGAAGGACAGCCGAGUGAGUGAGUCUGUGGGAGUCUCCGGAGUGCCAGAACAGGACAGCGGCGAGUGCCUUUCUUCAUCUCUCAUUCAGGUUAGAGAUCCAGUGUGCAUCAGCAGCAGCAACAACAGUAGUGCGUACAGCAGCAGUGGCCUCAGCACGGAGAGGGUGUCUGUGCAGGAAACAGAGGGCCCCUCGAACUCUUAUGAGUGGGAGUCCCGGCGGACCUCCUUACCCAGACCCUCCUGCUGCCAGAGCUACAGCCAAGAGAGCGAGGAGCUGAAUUCUCCCCUGAGGAGUGAGACCGAAUGCCCUCUGGCUUGUACGGCCCUGAGGAACUUUGUUACAAGCGAAGAUCGCUGCUUUGCAUAUGGCUUUGUCACUGAUUUGCUGAGAGAGGAGAGGGAUGAGGGCGACAGAGAGGAGAGCGACAAGAAUGAAGGGAUCCUGUUCAAAAAGGGGCUACAACCAGUGAAUUAUGAGUACAGAGAGGGACUGGAAUAUGAACGCUGUAGAUUUCUCAAGCAGGGCUCCUUUGGAGAGGUCUACAGCAUCAAAGACAAAGGCACUGGCUUCAUGUGUGCCGCCAAAAAGGUGCCGUUGGUGAGUUUCAGCAGUGAGGAGGUGGGCUCGUGGAGUGCCCUGCAGUCUCCUCAGGUGGUUGAACUCUUCGGAGUGGUGCGUGAAGGUCCUUCCAUCAUCCUCUUCAUGGACCUUAAAUCCAGUUCUCUAGGACAGCUGGUGGAGGAACGAGGCCGUCUGCCAGAGGAUCUGUCCCUGCACUACUUUCAACAACUAUUGGGGGCGCUAAACCACCUGCACAAGAAGCGCGUCCUUCAUCUAGACAUCAAAGCGGAUAAUAUUUUGCUGUCAGAAGAUGGGAAAGAUGCAUUCCUGUGUGACUUCGGAUACUCUGAGAGAUUGGACAAACAGGGGCUUAGUUAUUGUAAGAGUCUGAAAGGCACAGAAAGUCAUAUGGCACCUGAGGUGGUGCUCAGUGAGCCGCGCUCUUCGAAAGCAGACAUCUGGAGCAGCUGCUGUAUGCUUCUGCACAUGCUCAACGGCUGUCAUCCUUGGACCCGCUACUAUUCCCACCCACUAUACCUCAAGAUAGCAGAAGAGCCUCCUCCAGUGAGGGAAAUCCCUCCGGACUGCAGCUCCUAUACAGCAGAUGUCAUAAGAUCAGGACUGCAGAAAGAUCCAAACACACGAGCCUCUGCCAAAGAACUUUUUGUUAAAACUGCUAAAGCACUUAAAGAAGUGGGGGGAAUUCGCAGCCCCGCAAGAGGAGGAACCUAUCAGAAGCCACUGGGGAAGCCUGAGAAUCCAGACUCCGCCCACACAGCCACACCCACCACAUCCCACCACACCACGUCCUCUGAGAACUCUGAGCAGCAGUGGAUGAGCUCGGAGUCGAAGAGGAGAGCGGAUGAUAAGGAACGUAAUGAUGAGCCAGACGAGGUAAAACAGGGCAAACGGACAGAGGAGACGAGAAACGAUGAACACUCUCCUCCGAAGUCACUGCUCCACAUUCAAACCACUUCACCUGAGCCACAGAUCAUCAAUAAGACCGAGCCAGAAGCAACAGCGCCAGAAAAAGAGCUGUGGAAAGCUCUCCUUGCAGAUUUCUACGUGAGCAGUCUUUCCCAUCCUCAUUCUGCUGAGCAACAGGAGCAGUUGCUCUCGUGUAUCAGCAGCGACGACCUUUACUCCAGAGAAUACUGGGACAAGAAGGAUUCAGGGCGUGGGUCAGACGGUUCCUAUGAUGACCUUAGCUCAGGCGUGUUUUCUUACAACAGCCAACAAGAUGGCCAGAGCUUCAGCAGGGCCCCCACACACGGCCCCCCGCCCCGCUGCUUUGACGGUGUGGAUGUUUAUAUUAGGGACUUUGACGGGAGAUGCUUUCACAUUCGGGAGAUGCCUGGGGUGAAAGUAGGCCACGUUGCAAGAGGAAUCAGCGACCAGAUCUCAGAGAACGUGUUCAGUCUGCGAACAGAGGAUGGUUGCUUGGUGUCCCAUGACAAAGAGGUCCUAGAGAACAGCCUGUUUUUGCGCUGCGUCCCAGCCCCUGACUCCAGCCACUAUCAUCCCGACUGCAAACUGCCAUGGAGCUGGAGGAUCAGAGACGGAAUGCUGGAGACUAGAGACUGAUCUCUCCAUCUCCAUCUGUUCCUGCCGAACUUUCUGUUCCAGUCAAAGUACCUGUGCAUUCAGUUAGUAUGCAUGAAUCUCAUCUGUGCCUCUUGUCGGCCAAACUUUUGAGCCCUUGUCAUAUUAUUGAUUUACUUUCUCAGUAUUUUGUUGUUGUUUUAACGAUGUAUGUCUUUUGUUGCACUGUGUUCGGAAGAACAUUGUGAGCCGUCAAAGAGUUAUUUCAUGAUUAAUAGUAAGAUUCAAAAGCAUUUAGUCGAUCAAGUAUAUGCCUUAAACCUUGAGCCUAUAUGAGUAAGUUUUAAAUGCCAGUAUGGUUUACCAUGUACUUACCAUGUACCAUAUGAAAUAAUCACUGAUCUUCUUUCUAAGAACUGUAUUUUAGAUUUAUUCAAUAAAAAUAUGCUUUUUUUGCA